AUGGCGGUGUUUCUACCGGCGGGGUUCCGCUUUUGUCCCAGCGAUGAAGAGCUUGUACGAGACUACUUGUUGAAGAAGGCGAUGGGUGAAGAGCUUCCCUGGGACGGCAUCGGUGAGUGCGAUCUAUACGGUGAAAAGCCUCCCUGGGAAAUCUGCGGCGAUCAGGAGGGUGAGAAGGUUUACUUUUUCGCGAAACUGAGAAAAAUAAGCAAAAGUCGAGUGGCACGAACUGCCGGAUCUGGGGUUUGGCAUGAGAACUCUUCUCAUCAUAUAUAUGAUGAGGAGGGUGAUGUUAUUGGGGCCAGGAAAUUGUUUUGUUUCAAGAAAGGCUCAGAAUCAAGGAUUGGGAUCAAAAGGCACCGUGAGGAUGGAUACCAGCAAAGAAAGAGGGUUUGCUGUGAAAUUGUUCAAUCCGAUGGGCCUCAAGCAAACUAUGGAACGCCCGAUGCUGAUUUGGAAACCCAUGAGACUGAUUUGGAAACCCAUAUGGAGUUUUGUCUACCAGCUUGUGAUAACCCUGAUUCAGAGUUUGAUUUAGAGAGCUUCAUGAACAUCCUGCCCCCGGAGGGUGGCGAUCUGCCGCUGGGGGCAUUAGAGGAUUUUUGGGAUGGUGACAUAAGUACUUUAUUUGCCUAG